AUGACAGAAGAGAAAGACAAUGAUCCGGGGGCAAGCAAGAAGAAUGAAGAACCCAUCGAUGCUAACUCCAUCAAUGUUAAUGACGUGUUGAAUGAUAACAACUUCAACAAAUGGAGGCAGGAGAUGAUCAACUUUCUGUUUGCCAAGAAUAAAAAAGGGUUUGUCGAUGGGUCAAUCAACAAACCAGAUUCUGCAUCCCCUAUGCAUAUGGCAUGGAUGUGUGCAAAUGCCAUGGUCAAGGGCUGGCUGACAACAGCCAUGGAGAGAGACAUCCAGACUAGUGUGAGGUACGCUAAUACAUCAGCCGAGAUUUGGAAAGACUUGGAAGAGAGGUUUGAGAAGGAAGGUGCUCCACAGGCUUACGAGCUAAAACAGUCGUUGAACACUACAAGGCAGGACGGGACUUCGGUUUCAUCCUACUAUACGAAAUUGAAAACCCUAUGUGAUGAACUGCAACUCGUUCUCCCAACAUCAAGAUGUACCUGUGAUGGGUGUAAUUACUCUCUAGGAAGAAGAUUGAAUGAAGUGAAGGAGAAAGAAAGAAUUUAUGAGUUUCUUAUGGGGCUCGAUGAGGAGUUCUCCAUCAUCCGAACCCAAAUCCUUACCAUGAAUCCACCACCUUCCUUGGGGAGCACGUAUCACCUGGUUGCUAAAGAUGAACAACAAAUGAUGCAUUUGGAUUUGGUGGUGGUUUUAUUGGAGUGA